AUGUCCUUCCAAGUCGUGGCUCUUGCCGUCAUCUCGGCCAUCUACUUCAUCUACCGCCUCCUAAACCGGACGGACAUCCCCAAGAUCAAGGGCCUCCCGGAGAUCCCCGGCGUGCCGCUGUUUGGAAACCUGCUGCAGAUGGGCGAGGCGCACGCCAAAGUCGCGCGCGAAUGGUCGAAGAAAUACGGACCCGUAUUUCAGGUGCGGCUAGGGAACAGGAGGAUAGUCUUCGCCAACUCGUUCAACUCCGUCCGCCAGCUGUGGAUCAGCAACCAGUCAGCGCUGAUCUCGCGGCCGCGGCUGCACACCUUCCACACAGUGGUGUCGAGCUCGCAGGGCUUCACGAUCGGGACGUCACCCUGGGACGAGUCCUGCAAACAGCGGCGCAAGGCCGCCGCCACGGCGCUGAACCGGCCAGCCGUGCAGUCGUACAUGCCGAUCAUCGACCUGGAGUCGUCGGUCAGCAUCGCCGAGAUGCUGCAGGACAGCGCCAACGGCGCCAAGGACGUCGACCCGACGCCGUACUUCCAGCGCUUCGCGCUCAACACGUCGCUGACGCUGAACUACGGCAUCCGCAUCGCGGGCAACGUCGACGACGCCCUGCUCAAGGAAAUCGUCCACGUCGAGCGCGAGAUAUCCAAUUUCCGCAGCACGAGCAAUAACUGGCAGGACUACAUUCCGCUGCUGCGCCUGCUGCCCAGCAAGAUCAACUCGGGCGCGGAAGAGUACCGCAGGCGCCGCGACGCGUACAUGACGACGCUGCUGGACAUGCUGAAAGAGAAGAUCGCCACUGGCACCGACAAGCCCUGCAUCACGGGCAACAUCAUCAAGGACCCCGACGCCAAGCUCAACGAAGCCGAAAUCAAAUCCAUCUGCCUGACCAUGGUGUCCGCGGGUCUAGACACCGUUCCAGGGAACCUAAUCAUGGGCAUCGCCUCCCUAACCAGCCCCUCCGGCCAACGCAUCCAAGAAAAGGCCUACGCGGAAAUCCAACGCGUCUACCCAGACGGGGACGCAUGGACGCGGUGCCUGACGGAGGAAAAACUGCCCUACAUCACCGCGCUCGUGAAAGAAGUGUUGCGCUACUGGAGCGUGAUCCCCAUCUGCCUCCCCCGCGUCUCCACCAAGCCCAUCGCCUACAACAACGCCCUCAUCCCCGCGGGAACAACCUUCUACAUGAACGCCUACGCCGCCGACUACGACGAGGCGCACUUCGCUGACCCUUUCACUUUCGCGCCAGAGCGCUACCUCAAGUCCGCUGAGGACGGCGGCCCCGAGGUCCAAGGCACCCCGCACUAUGGCUACGGCGCUGGCAGCCGCAUGUGCGCCGGCAGCCAUCUCGCCAACCGCGAACUGUACACCGCGUUUGUGCGGCUGAUUAGCGCGUUUGUUUUUGUCCCGCCCCGGAAGGAAGAGGACAUGCCGAUUCUGGAUGCGUUGGAGGCGAAUGCCUUGCCUACGGGCUUGACGCUCGAGCCGAAGCCGUUCAAGGUCGGGUUUAGGAUCCGGGAUCGUGAGGCGCUGGAGAGGUGGAUCCAGGAGGGCGAGGAGCGCACUAAGGAUGUUUAG